CGGGUACACUUGAAACAAAGAAGCAGUAAGUCCUAGGCUCGUGAUACAUGUCUCGAUCCCUGUACCUUGGUGUUCAUCGAUUCAUGGCGAUUGGAGGACUAACCGCCAAGUGUGGAGUGCGCUGUCUCCCAUGCAUGGUGCACCAACCCGUCGCAGCUGUCGGCUUACGCAGUGUUACGAUAUUCCACCCACUAACACCAUCCCUUCCCCCGCCAUGUGCGCCUCGUCCGAAAAACGGUCCUCUGAAGCACUGCAGCCUCGUCUUGUUACAAACGUCGUGGCGUGGUCACAGAUUCGCGGUGCAGGGCCAGCGAGCCGGGUGGGUGCAUGCACGAGGGAACUAUGAUUGAUAUAAGCCUUAGUGAGGGAUGAGCAGCCUACGUUUAUAGUUUAUAUACCUGUGGUCCUUCCGGUUCUUUGUUUUUUCUAUGGUUGCCACAUAGACGGAUUUUCGCGCCGUAGCCGCUACAACAUGGCGACUCUUGCCGUUGCACCGCAGACCCCCUCCUCCCCGAAAGUGCGGAUACGAUCUCAGUCAUUCGACUCGCCGUUUCUCCGCAUCAGCGUCACGUCCGUCGAAGAAUCAUCGUUUUCAAAGUCGACCGGGACACUGGAGACACUGGCAGGCUACGAUGACAUGGAGGAGAGCGUUGCAGCGGGAGUGUUCAGGUCUGCGAGUACGCUGCCUCUACUGAAGACCAAGAUGAGUGACGAGUCGAUGCUGUCAGAAGCAUCGAGUGCCAGCUCUUCGUCCGUCACCACGUCUCCGACCAGCACGGAGAGCAGCAUGGAACUCGACGACGAAGACGAGUCAAUUGCGUCGGAAGAAGAAGAAGAAGAAGAGCAACAGCAAGAGCAACAGCACCAGCGACCCUAUCCUUUGACAUUUGCUCAGAGCACCACCACCACAACUACCCCCUCCUCAGACAAGGACAAGGACACGGCGCCGAGCCCACUGUCCCCCUUUCUAUACCAAGAUACCAGCUGUCCCAUGUACUCGCCGUGGCUCGUCUGCGCCGUCCUCGACAUGCACGACGUGCACCGGUUGGACUGGACGUCAAUUGCGGAGCCGAUUGAACGGGUGUGGGGCGUACGGACUAGCAGCGCCGAUGUACUCGGUAUCUUGAGUGACAACGGGCGGGUGAUGCGGCGACGCUGGUGGGACUGAGCUGACUAGCCUGGCAUACUUGUCCUUUUUCUUUUAUCCUUCUUCUUUUAUUUUACGUCACUGAUUGUCACUUCGUGGUUCUCUUUCAUUUGUUAUGGUUUUGGUUUGCAUGGUUUAGGUUAUGGCUUUUCUUUCUCCAAUUUUUUGUCUCUUUUGUUUUAUGGGUUUGCUCCGGGUUGGGAACGGUAGUUACGACGUUAUGACACAUUUUGUGAUACAAUAUGCAGAAUUGAAGUGAGAGAUAAAAAAGGUUAGAGGAGGGGGG